AUGUUCAAGAAGUUUCUUGCUAGCAUCACUGACUACAUAAUUGGAAAGUAUGUAGAAAAUUUCAAUGGUGAAAAUUUAUCUUAUGGUCUUCUAAAUGGAAAUAUUACUCUGAGCAAUUUGACUCUCAAGAAAGACACAUUAAAUAGUCUUUUUAAUAUCCCUCUAACUUUGCAAUCAGGUACAGUUGGCAAUGUGUCUAUAUUCGUGCCUUAUACUCAUCCAUGGAGUCAAGCAUGGCAACUAUCUCUAGAAAAUGUUGACUUAAUUGCCUAUGCUUCAGCUGAUGACCUAUGGGAUAAGUUGAAUCCAAAUAAUUCCCCAAGUGACAGUCAAACAUCUUCAAUUCGAAACGAAACCUCGAAAGAUUCAUUAGUCAAUAAUGAGAGUGGUCAACAAAGCCAAAGAGACAACUUAUCCCCUACUGAAACAUCUAUUCAUGGAAAGUAUAGUUUGGAUAAAAUGGAGAAGAAAUGGUUUCAGACUAUUAAUGGAGUUGUACUCAGUGAUACAGCUGCUAUCGCUGAACUAGUUGCUAUGGAUAAUAGAGGCGAUAAUUCUUCUUGGUGGUCUUAUAUAUCGUCAGUUGGUUAUGGCAUUAUCCGUAGUCUUCAAAUUGAGAUUCGUCAGGUGCGUAUCUCACUUAUCGAUCCAAAUAGUAGUAGCACUAUGGGUGGCAAUAACAGUUCAGAAAGUGGCGGUGAACAUACCUUCUUUCAUGAUGAUUGUCCAAGUUUUGGAAUAUUCACCAUUACCUUAGAACACUUGACAAUGGAGACUACAGAUUCCUGUUGGAAACGGACUACUUCAACAUCUGAAGAACCUGUUGAAUAUAAACUGAUUAAUGUUCGUGGAUUAAAUAUCACAUGGCAUCCAGAUAUAUCAAAGUCAUCAAUACAUUCAAUCGAUUGUACAAUUGAUGAGAAGGCAACCGAGGAAGCAUCUAGUGAAGCAGAGGAACUGUCGAAUCAAAAUAUUCUGCAUAUCCUACCACCAUGCCAUCUAACUGGACGUUUAAAACGUAAACAAACGAAUAUUUCAAUGAAUAGCACCACCAAUAACAGUAAUACUAUUACUCCUUCUACUAACUCUACUCUUCUUACUGGACCACUGAUAAACAGAAAAUACCAGUCAGAAUAUCACUCGAGUGAAGCACAAAUUGAGUUAACCGUAAACUUGAGUCAAUUAGAUAUACAAAUAUCACAAGAAUUAUGUCGUAGCUUGUUACAUCUAUCCGAAGUGUUGAAGUGCCAGUAUGAACGUACUGAACAAUUGAAACGUCGACCUUGUAGCAGUAGUACUACAGUGAAAAGAUAUGCCGAUUGGUGGCGUUAUGCAGCUGGCGAAGUUCAUCCACCACUUCGAUUAUAUCUGAAUUCAACAUUUCGACAUGUCACACUAUCAUCUUUAGCUAAUGAAGCCAAGUUGAACAUUAUCUAUGUGAAAGCCUAUACAGCUUAUUUGAUUAAAGGACUCUCAUCAUCAUCAUCUUCUGGGGAGACGUUGACGUCAACUUCUACAAAGUGUUUAAUUACAAUUGAUCAAGUCAGCGUUAUAUGCAAAAGUUUAAAUUAUACGCCGGAAAUGGACAGUGAACGAUUAAAACAUGAUGAGAUAUGGUCAAUACAAAGAAUUGCUAUUCUCCGUCUGAUUGCUAUGAGACGUGCUACUGUGAUACUGCAUAAAUUAUUAAAAUGUGAUAAAAACGUCAAGCAUGGAAGUAAACGUUCAUCAGUUGAUUCAGGACAAUCUUCUGCUACACCUCUACCCUUUCCUCCUCCUCCUGCUUCUUCAGUUGUCGACAGUACAUCUACAUCGACAUCUACAGCUUCCACCACCACGACACCAAAUCAAUCCUAUUAUAAUAGUUGGUGGAGAUAUUCUUCAUGGUUAGGCUUGACAACAUCAUCUUUUUUCUCGUCAAAUACUACUACUACUACUGUCAAUAACGUUGACAGUAGUAUAACAGAUCAAACAGCUGAUGAGAUACAAAAACAACAACAAGAUGAAGAAGAAGGAGGGGAAUCAGCUGAUGAUUCUAGUUUCAAUCAUUCAACAUCUUCAUCACCGCCAACAUCUUCUACAUCGAUUAUUAUUGCUGAUACAAUCUUUGAAUUACUGGAUGAAUUUGCUGAACAUACAAAUAAUAAUAUUGAUUAUACAAGUAUAAAUUAUCCUGUAUUUCUACAAUUUAUUUGUACUAUUGAUGGAUGCAGUCUACGGCUGAUUGACAGUCAACAAGAAGAAGAGGCUAUGCAUGCAUACAUGGUGCAUCCCGCAUUUGUGAGUAUAUCUGGACAGCAAAUGAAUUUUAGUCUGGCAAUUCGACCAAAGUGUAAUUCAUAUCGUAUAUCAACUUAUAUUCAAUCAUUUACUGUACAUGAUGAAAGAUGGUCAUCUGCACAACAGAGUAAUAGUAGUAGCAGUAGUAGUCAUGAAAGGGAUUCUUCGUCCCAAUUGACGACACCGCUAUUCCCCGUUGUUGUUUAUCCACGUUAUCAUCAUGGUUAUCAUUUAGAAUCUGAUAUGACCACUGCUGCUACUACUGUUAUUGCUGAUGACGCUCAGGAAAGACGAGUCUUUUCAUUGAUUUAUGAAGUGAAUCCUGUGAAGAUAAAUGCGGAUUAUCUUCUUGAAAUACACACCGAUCCACUUCAAGUGAUCUGUCAACCGGAAUUACUUCGUCAUAUUAUCAAUUUUAUCAAAUCAGCUGUACAUUCAUCAAAACCUUCAAAACAAUCCAGAUUGAAUCAUUCCGUUAAAGAAGGCAUAUCCAUAAAUUUAAGUUCACUAAUCAAAGAUACUGAUGCUACUGCCGAUACUACUGAUAAUAACGACACUAGUAGUAUAGGCGGCGGUUGUGGUGGUAGUAAGAACAUUCCAAUUCCAAAGAAGUCGAUAACAUUCACAUCAUCAUCAUCAGCAGCAGCAGGAGCAUCGUCAGUUAAGUCAAGAAAUCGUUGGGCAAUAAAUUUUGAUUUAGCUGCACCAAGAAUACUAUUCCCUAAUCGUUAUAAUAUUUAUAAUGAAGAAGAACAGGAGAAGAAGGCGGAUACCUUGAUGAGUACUUCACUUUCAAUGUGUACUACAUGUGUUCUAUGUGAUUUUGGUCAUUUACGUGUAACGAAUUGGCCUGAAGUACAAAUUAGAUCUAUGAGGCAGAAGAAAUGUAAUAAUGUUGUAUUAUCAGGAGAAAUGAAUUCUAUGCAACAACGUAGUGGUGUAUUGGACAACUUGAAUAAAUUGGAGAAUGAAAAGUUUUUAGCUGCGGAAUCAUUGGAUGCUGCUACCGCUGCCGGUGGUGAUGAUGAUGACGAUGACUAUGACGACGCUGAUGAAUAUAAAACCCCGUGCAGUACACCAGGGGAAUUAUCUGACAAUGACGACAAUGAGAACAACAACAAUAAUAAUAAUAUUGAAGAUGGUAGUGGUGAUGUUGAUAAGGUUGAGCAGUCAUCUCAAAGACAAAAUGAACCUCCCAUAGGAAAUCAUGGCAAAGGGAAUGAAGCGGAAAAAUCUUUACCAGCUGAUAACGCUUAUACCUCAUAUAUGAUAAAUAUUGAUAAUAUUCGUGUGCUGGUUGGCAGUUUCCAUAUGCUAGAGACACUUGGUUUAUGGAGUCAGUUUAAUUCUGCACAAAUAUCAACAGAAUUGCAAGAUGAGAAAGAGAAGCCUCCUCUUCACCCAACCUCCUUAACUUCAUCAGACGCCAGUCAUUCAGUUCUACGUAUGAGUAAAUCUGCGCUUGUAUCACGUUUAUGCCUUAUUAAUCCAUUCGAUUUACGCUUACUAAUCAGUCGACGUGUUCCCACGCUACAGCAUAUUUCAAAACUGCCUAGCUCUUCUUCUUCUUAUUCCACUUCAACAGCGCAUCUUCCUUACCUGUGGAUUAGUUUAAGUCAACCGUCAUGUGUUAUUCAACUAUCGAAUACAAAGAUAUCCGAUUUCUUUUCAUGUCUAGAAGCAUGUCAACGUCAAUGGGAUCAAAGUCAUCCUAGUCAGCAGCAUAGUCAGAGCUGUUCAAAUAUUCAUCAAAUGAAUUUCACGACAAGCACACCAUCUAUAUAUAAAUCCAUCCAUGAUAAUUCUCAACAGGCUACUACUACUACUACAACAAAGUCAUGUCGAUCUUCAAAUCAUCUCAUCAAUCAUCAGCAUGUUGAAAAGUACUCAAUCAAAUCAAUAAUAUCAUCAAAUAGUCAGAGAAUACAAAUUAUAGCCACAUAUUCUAUUCAAUCAUUUAUUAUACAAUUUGAAUCGAAAGAUCGUCCAUUGGCCGAAUGUCGUUUAGACGGAGCUGUUUUCAAUUGGUCUGUUUAUCGUGAUUGUCAAGCUGAUUACAGCGUACAAUUUAAAUUAGGCAGUAUAUCUAUUGUGGAUGCUGUAAGCAAUGUUGGCGGUUUAUAUGAUGUGAUAUUGAAUUCAGAUAAAGUGAAAAGAACUGACGCAAUCGACUCAAUGAUCACGGAAAAUAAUAAUCAGAAUGACACCAGUCAUAACUAUGAUGAUGGAGGCGGCCGAACGUCGGUGGUAUUCAAUUCACGGUUACCAUUUUCACUGUGGAAGAAGUAUUCAUCUCCUUUACCAGAUCAUAUCAACCCGUUAGAUGAAUUUAAGCCAUUCAAUUCACAGAUUGAACAAAGUGAUACAUUUCUUAUGGCAUGUUUAACAUGGUGUCCAUCUUCUUCUGGUUCUUCUAAAUUAUAUCGAACAAAUAAAACAACGGCGGUUGAUUCAAUUGGUUCGUAUUUCAUUGAAUUAUCCAUGGGGUAUUUAAAGAUUACUGGUAAUCCAAUUACAAUGAAAAUUAUCAACGAAUUUAUCACUGAUCUCAACUUAUCUUUAAAGGAUCAUUAUUAUUCCAGGAACCAAUUGACUUCAUCUGAUCAUCAUCGCCAUCAUCAUCAUCGGUUGGAUGAAGAAUCGUCAUCAUCACAAUCCUCAUUCAGUCAUCAAUAUUUCCCGUAUGACUCCUUUGCUGAAGAAGCGGAUGAUACAUCGUUGUCUCCUUUUAUUGAUUAUAAUUGGCAAAUAUCAUUGGCUAAUUUAGACAUAUUAUUGAUUAAUCAUCCUGUCGAUAGUAAUAAUAAUAAUAAUAACAGUAAUGAGUACAAUUCAUUGACGGGAUCAGUUAAAGAAAUUGUUCAGAUGACAUUUUCCAAUCUUCGUUUGGAAUUACAGACUUCAGGCUUACUAAAUUCUUUAUCAGUAAAACUAAAAACUUUUCAACUCCAUCCUUUAUGCAAUUCACAAAUUCAAAGUGAUCAAUAUUUAUUUGGAUCAAUAUUUUCACCAGUCUCCUUUUCUACUACCGCGGAACAACAUUCUGAUCUAAUGCAUAUCAAUGUUCAAUGGUAUACUCAACACAACAGUUAUCCGCCUGUUGAGAUUCAACAGCCACAAAUUCAAAUUACCCUCUCCAACCUUGUUUAUAUUCAUUCACAUAGUGAUGUCCUUGAAAUUAUUCAAUGGUUUCAAUGUAUUAUACCAUAUCUACGGCUCAACAAGACAGUAAUUCAAUCCUCACGCAAUGCGCAUAUUGAUAGUGAUAGCGGAAAUGAAAUAUCCAGCCGACUUGAUAAAUUAUUAUUAUUAUUAUCAUCACUCUCUGUUCAAUUUUCAAUGAAAAUCAACAAUUCAAUCAUCUUAAUCCCAAGUAGUUUUAAUCCAUGCGCGCAUUUCUCCCUAGUUGGUUUUAAACAAAUUCAAAUUAACCACAAUUUGUUGAAUUCAAUGUUCAAUUAUAGUAAUUCAAAUGAUAACAAGUCUGUAUCAUUUUCUAUUGAACAAUUUAGUAUUAUGCAUUAUGUUAAUGAAGCAGGGAAAGUAGCAGAUCAAUUUUUACUGAGAUCAUCACCACCGAUGGAGAGAAAAAAAUUAUUUCAUUUGAAUUUCCGCUUGUUGUAUGAAUUUUGGUGUCAACAAAUGGUAUGGUGUAAUGAUCCAUUGAAGUAUGAGUUAUGUCAUCGAGUGAUUGUAUUCCCAAUGGAUUUUUCAGUCUAUAUAAACUACAUAAAGUUGAAUCCAGCCAGAAAAAGUUACUCAUCAUCUUCGCCCUCCAACUGGUGGUUACAGACAGUUCGUUUCAAUUUCUCUGAUUUAUCUUUCAUGCAAACAGCAAAGUUGAAUCAGUUUACAAAAUAUCAUCAUGUUGUUGUUGUUGUUCCUGAGAAUAACGAUGAGAUGAAUGCGCCGCCGCCUUCUACAAAUAGGUCAGCGGAGGGAGUAACAUGUUCCCACCCAUGUGUUAAUCUACUCCUAUUCUCUGAACCAAUAACUACCCAGUUAACUGUUGUCAUCUACAUUCACACAAUGCGUUUCAAUCUGACUAAGAUGAAUUGUGAUUUAGUCAAGGAUUUAUUCGACAGUUAUUUAUUGAAACAAUUCGAAGAAAAUCAAUCGGAUGGUGUGAAUAAUGAGGAAGCGUUACAAACUGAUCAGCCAGCAGCGAUACAACAACCUUCCUACUCUGAUCUGAAUUCAAUUCCUAUCGGACUGAAUAGUAUUCAAUGCGGUUCUCUGGAAUUCGGUAUACGCGUCAAUUGUUCACAAAUUCAUAUUUUAAUGUUAGGCGAUUUAGAUAUCACACCGAUUCCAUUAGCUUCAUUAACUAUCGAAUCAUUAGAGGCAUCAUCAUCAAGUGUUCAUAUCUCUAAAGGUGGUGGUGGUGGUGGUAUUACACUGCCUACAUGUCUCCAGUUGAAUGUUGGCGGUGCAUAUUUACAAAAUCGAUUACCACCAUCGAAACAUGAUUAUGAUAAAGAGAAGGGAAAGGAAAGGAAGACUUCAACAACACAACGUGGUGGUGGAAUAAAAAAGCAGCAGCAACAGUUUCUACUUGUCUGUAAAGAUUUUUCUUCAGCGGAAGGCAGUUAUGGUCAUACUCAUAAGGAUAAUAAAUAUUUAAGACGUAAAAGGAUAAAUUCAUGCUCGACUGAGGAUUAUGACAAAAUCUAUUAUACAGAGGGGAAUUGGUGUUCUGGAAAUCAUUCAACUUGCGGAAAGGAUUAUUUAUCCAAUGUGUGGAAUCAUGAUGAUAAUGAUAUCGUUGGUUUAUUACAUCAGGUGUCUCCGAUAUCUGUACGUGUCAUUCUUCUAUCGGAUCAGCAUGAAUCAUUCUGUCAGACUAAAUAUUUUGUCAAGUUAAGCAUGGACACAUUGGAUUUUCGAUUACUAUCUGAACCAUGGGUGUUACUUUUAGAUUUUUUGAAUUUGUGCGAUGAUGAUAAAGAGGAGGCUUUGAAAAAAACUGUUGGAAAAUUAAAUCAAAACACAAUUCCUUCAUGUUACUCCAACUCCGCUCCUGCGGCGACGAAAUCAAUCCCCAUUCCGAUAAAUAAUGAUCCAAAGUUAUGUCUGCUGCUAGACAUCAGUUCAGUGAAUUGCAUAGUUACUGAACCCAGUAAAACCGCUGAAGAAUCAUUGUCCAAUAGUGAUUCCCCUGAUAAAGUUCAGUCAUUAUUGACGUGUGUAAAUUUGGAUACAGAUUUGGCUGUGUUGUCUUCUAGUGGGAUAAAGCUUCAAGUCAGUUAUACACCUGGUGUUGAUGCUACUACUGCGACUGCUGCCAGUUAUCGUAGUGUUGAUGUUGGUGGUGAGCAUCGUGAUGACAUUAACGAUGGUGAUGAUGAUGACGAUUUUCUGACGAAUUCUUGUCUUCAAAUGGAAGGUCAUAUGUACAGCAUUAAAUUAAUCGCUUUACCCAGACAAUAUGCUUCCUUAUAUGGAGUUCGUUUAAUGUCUGCGCCAACACAAUCACUGCCUUUAAGUGUUGACAGUGUCAUGAACAAUACUCAACUGCCAUUUUUAGUCUUUCAGUUUAAUAAAGCUAAGAAAUUAUCAUCUUCACCACCCCCACCACCACCAGCAACAACAACCAGCACUAACCGAUGUAUCAAUUCCAAUGACAAAAUCCUGAAACAGGCGUCAGUCAACCAUAAUGCCAAUCUUCGGAUACAUUUAUCCGGUGUAUCAUAUAUACACACGCAUUCCUUCUUAAUGAGUGUUAUUAAUACCUUACAGAACGCUAUAGAACAAUACACUUCGUUAAAGCAAACAAGAUAUUGUGUUAAAGGUUUACAGAUGCCAACAACGGUGGAUAUCACUGCAUUGUCUUGUCUACAUUUGAAUAUUUCUGCUCAUCGCCCAUUGAAUCUGAUCAUCCCGGUUUGUUGUACUAGUUCAAAAGUCCUAAUCAUCAAUAUGAAUGGAAUGAAAAUCGAUAAUACAUUUCUAUGGAAUAAUACUAUUGGUGGUGGUGGUGGUGGUGAUACGGUGGGAGUCAACUCUGGAUCUAUGGAAACUCUACAAUCGACAUCAUCUCACACUAAUGGUAAUAAUAAUAAUGAUAACAAUAAUGUUCCUAGAGGUGAUAAUCGAUAUUUCUACUCAAAUAUUCGAUCGUUGAACAAAAGUAAUUCAACGGGACUUCUAGAAUGUUCUAAUUUCAAUACACAAGAUUCUACUCCACAACAACAUCUUUUAAUUGAUCAAAUAUCUAUGGAUUUAUAUGAAGUUUCAUUAUACUGUGCAGAACGGAUUGAUACGUUCAGUGAUGACGUAAUGCUUGAUUCAGGUGUGAAUAAUCCUCCAGUUCGAUUUCCAACCUAUUCAUUCAUUCCUGUGAAUAAUCAAUUUGAAUAUACAACAAGUGAAGAAUUUGGCCCAUGCAGCAUUCUUUCCCGGCCUAUUUCUUGUUUAAAUUUAUCUUUGGAGCGUAAUUUAACUUCAUCAAGUGUACAUGAAUUGCCUGAUAUAAAAUUAACUGGACAGCUUACUGAUUGUCAAGUGUAUAUGAAUACUUAUGCAUAUCGAUUGAUUCGUGGAAUUUUAUCACAGAAUUUUGGUGAAAAUUCAAUCUCCAGCUCUAGUACAACGAAAUCAUUUGUUAAUGAUGUCUGUUGGACAAAAUUUGCACUUGAUAUUUCUUUAAAUUCAAUUCAAAUCAAUUUGUUCAAUUGUUCAAUGUUACCGGUUCAUUUGAAUUUGGCGAAUAAUAAUACUGAUAAUCAUAAACAAUUUGGUAUCAUCAAUCUGUCUGAUGGAAUUUUAUCAUUUAAAUAUUUUUCAAAUCAAAGUACAAUGAUACAACUUCAAUGUUUCGACAUCAAUUUAGUAGAAUUUCAUGAAGACAGUACAACCACAGUUUUUCAAUUAUCAAUCAGACGAUUGAAUACUCUUUUAAAAACAACAACAAUAAAGAAGGACGAUGAAAAAUCGAAUUUCACAAGUGGAAUAUUCACAGUACUUGGAUUAGUUGAUCUCUCUUGA